AGAAUUGCAAAACUAUUUUACCAAGAUCUUGGAAGAUAACUUGAAGAUCAUAUUCCCAAGGUGGUCAGUGGUCAAGUGGGUGCCCUUUUGGAAGAAAAAUUGGAACGCGAUAAUUUUGAUUCCAUUGUGGAUUCUUUAGAUCUUCGUGAUGUUUUGCAACGUGAAGUGGGUCAACUUUCUGGUGGUGAAUUGCAACGUUUCGCUAUUGGUGUUGUGGCUGUUCAAAAGGCUAACGUUUAUAUGUUUGAUGAACCUUCUUCUUAUCUUGAUGUCAAGCAACGUUUGAAUGCUGCUCGUGUGAUCCGUUCUUUACUCGCUUCAGAUACUUAUAUCAUUGUUGUGGAACACGAUUUGUCUGUAUUGGAUUAUCUCUCUGAUUAUGUGUGUAUUUUGUAUGGUAUGCCCUCUGCUUAUGGUGUUGUUACCCUUCCUGCUUCUGUUCGUGACGGUAUCAACAUUUUCUUGGAUGGUAAUAUUCGUACUGAAAACUUGCGUUUCCGUGAAGAAUCUUUGACUUUCAAGAUUGGUGAAGUUGCUGAAGAAGAAAGUGUAGCCAAGCAUCGCAAUUACAAGUAUCCUGAUAUGGUCAAAACUAUGGGUGAUUUCAAACUGGAAGUGAAAGCUGGUGAAUUCACUGAUUCUGAAAUUGUGGUAAUGUUAGGACAAAACGGUACUGGUAAGACAACCUUCAUUCGAUUACUGGCUGGUUUGUUAAAACCUGAUGGCGAAAACCAAAUUCCUGAACUCAAUGUUUCCUACAAACCUCAAAAGAUCUCCCCCAAGUUCAAGGGUACUGUGCGUAUGUUGUUCAUCAAGAAGAUCAAGGCUGCUUUCUUGAACCCUCAAUUCAAUACGGAUGUGAUGAAACCUCUCAAUAUUGACAACAUUAUCGAUCAAGAAGUGACCCAUUUGUCUGGUGGUGAAUUGCAACGUGUCGCUAUUGUUCUUGCCUUGGGUCAACCUGCUGAUAUCUAUUUGAUCGAUGAACCUUCUGCCUACUUGGAUUCCGAACAACGUAUUAUUGCUGCCAAGGUCAUCAAGCGUUUCAUUGUUCACUUCAAGCGCACCGCCUUUAUUGUCGAACACGAUUUCAUCAUGGCUACUUAUUUGGCUGAUCGUGUCGUUGUAUAUGAAGGUACUCCCUCAGUCCAUGCUAUCGCCAACUCUCCUCAAUCUCUCUUGACUGGUAUGAACAAAUUCUUGGCCUCCUUGGAAAUCACCUUCCGACGUGAUCCUACUAAUUACCGCCCUCGUAUCAACAAAUUGGACUCUCAAUUGGAUCAAGAACAAAAGUUGAGCGGCAACUAUUUCUUCAUGGAUGCUUAGAUGAUAGUUUUUGAUGAUGAUAAUGUUUAGAUUAGUUUAUUUUUUUUUUUGUAAUAUUUUAGGAUAGUGAUUUUAUUUUUUAUUUAGUAAAAAUAAAAAGAAUUCAAUAAAAUGAUUUGUGAAACUGACGAAGAAUCAUCAGUGUGUUUUCCAUAAUAGUA